AUACAAGAAACACAUCCAAAUAAUUUGAAAAAUGGCAAAUGUCACAGCAAGGGGCAGUAAGUAAUCAAUAAUUUGAGUUUGAUAUUAUUAUAAAUUAAAAAAAAAUAGUUGCCCUCACAAAAUGUUUGCGAAACAGAAACCCCUAAUGUAAAAUACACAUGCGGGCAUGUGAAAUACUUAACCUCAAUUUCGUAAACACGUGAAAUUUCGUAUUUGAACAGGAUCGCUAUCUUUGUUUACCAAUUUUGACACAAUGACUGAAACUGAAGACACUCCAACGUUGUGCGAAGGGGACGAUAAUGACGACUCUGAUGGAUGGGACGAGAUGGAGGUUUCUGGGGAACAAACUACAUGUUUAUUUUGUCCUUCGCAAUUUCUAACGAUCGCAGUUGCUCUAGAUCAUUGUCGUAGCGAGCACAAGUUUGAUUUACUCGAAUUGAAAACAAAGUAUAAUAUGGACUGUUAUUCGUUUAUUAAGAUGAUUAAUUACAUAAGGCUUCAUAAACCUGAUCCGCAUAUUAUCACGGAAUCGUGUGUGGCACUUUGGGAGGACGAUGUUUAUUUGAAACCUGGAGAAAUGGAGCCCUGGUUAAUGUAUGAUUUUGAUGAUCUGGGGAGUACGCCAUCGACUCCACACUAUGCAAUUGAUGGAAAAACUCCAAUUAGCAAUAAUAUAAACGAUUUACAAAGGCAGAUUUACGAAUUAACUCUGCAGGUUAGAGAAAAAGAUAAUCUACUAAAGAGUGCCAUGCAAGAUAUGGCAAAGAUGCGCGAGGUCACGAAGACAAUUGUUGAAAGUGGCGACAGUAAAGUUUCACUACCGACAAGUGUCGCUUCGGUACCUGUCGGUUAUGAUAACGAAUAUUUUAAUACGUACGCACAUUACGGGAUUCAUCAUGAAAUGUUAAGCGAUACGGUGCGGACUACAAGUUAUAGAGAUGCAAUAUUAAACAAUAAGGACGUUUUUAAAGGCAAAAUUGCUUUGGAUGUAGGUUGUGGGACUGCAAUUCUUUCAAUGUUUGCCGCACAGGCAGGUUCGGCCAAGGUUUAUGGUAUUGAUCAGUCUGAUGUGUUGUAUAAAGCAAUGGAUAUAAUUAGGGAAAAUAAUUUACAAGACGUUGUCCAUUUAAUCCGCGGUCGCAUCGAGGAUACACCUUUACCAGUGGACAAAGUUGACAUUAUAAUAUCAGAGUGGAUGGGUUACUUUUUGUUAUUCGAAGGAAUGUUGGAUAGUUUUAUUUAUGCGAGAGACAAUCAUUUAAGCACAAAUGGUGUGAUAUUACCUAAUCGUUGUAAUAUAAGCUUAAUUGGAAUUAGCGAUUUAGAUAAAUAUGAUAAACACAUAAGUUUUUGGAAUAACGUCUACGGAUUUAGUAUGAAAUGUAUGAAAAGCGAGGUUGUGAAGGAACCAAAUGUUGAAACCAUAUCUAGUGACACCCUUAUAACCUCGCCAUUUGUAUUAACAGAAAUAGAUUUAAAAACGUGUCAAACAAAUACAGUUGAAUUUAGUACGGAUUUUAAGUUGCAAGUGGUCAAGGGAGGAAUUCUGACUGCUUUGGGUGGUUAUUUUGAUACAUUUUUUGAUUUACCAAUUUCGGUCUCUUUUUCAACCGGCCCUCAUGUGACGAAGACGCAUUGGCAGCAGACAGUUUUUUAUUUGAAGAAUCCUCGAAACGUUAGUGAAGGGGACACAAUUGAAGGAAACUUAAAAUGCGCAAGGAUCAAAAAGAACGUGCGCGGACUGAAGGUUACCAUCACCAUGGACCAAGAGACACAAGAAUACUUACUAGAUUAAGUUUUAAUUUAUAUCGGCAAUCACAACAUGGAAUGUAGUUUAUAUAAAUUACAUACAUAAAUAUACUUAUAAAAAAACUA